AAAGGGCAUGGUUGGGCCAUGCUUUUUAUUACACUAUGGAUAUUCGUCCGACCGAAAUACCGUAGUACAUUAAGAAUAAGAAUCCGAUUUGACUUAAAAUCGUCGAAAAAUAUCCACUACUGACCUCGUGUGAAUAUUGAGGUGAUGAUAUACACAGCUCUGUGUCUUUAUCUCUGUGGCUGAUCAUGUUUUCUUACCAGAGACAAAUUGUAGAACAUGGCAUCCUCAAACUGGGUAUGCUGUAAAUUUACAUUCCUGAAAUGCACACGCUGUUUUGGCAUUCAAAAAGUGUUGAAGGUCCUUGGAAUUUUUUUUAGUAUACACCUCAUUACCUUUCACCUUAUAUUACCAUAUGCACUACGCGACCACCCAUACUCUAGCUAUUUUUCACCCACCUGGAAUGUCUAUCAGAGGGCAUUGGGUCUGAACGAGGACCGGAUCAAAAUGGCGGAGGGUUAUUUGGAUACUGUUAAUGCGGCCCGUAGUAGGGAAAUGUACAGUAAUACAAAUAGAGCUAAAUUUGUCAUAGGCAUUGUAACAGUUGCACGUGUCUCGUAUGAAAAAAGUGUUCCACAACCCAGAUAUCUGACACAAGUGGUGGCAAAAGUGCAUAAAUUGCUUGCAGAAUCACCAUCCAAGUUGGAUUACCAGUUGUUCAUUUGCAAUGUGGAUGACCAAGGUAGCAGUCACUCAGAGGCUAUCUACCUCUCAAAUUUCACAAGGAUGGUCACCAAGAAUGAAAAUGGAAACUCAAAUUUUCACUCAAGGCAAAACAGAUGGGAACGCGAGAAGUUAGACUAUAAUUACUGCCUAGAGCAGGCAUGGUUAUAUGACUCAAAAUAUGCCAUUUUGAUACAGGAUGAUGCUGUACCACAUUCCAAUUUUGUUGAGGUGCUUGAGUAUCUGGUAAGCAACCAUUUAGAAUACAGGAUUCAAGGUGGCAGACUAAGCCAAAAUUUGGAAAAAUGGGCGUGGAUUAAACUUAACUUUCCUGAAAAUCUUGCUGGAUUCCUUAGGAACUGGCGCUUUGUUCUGGAAUGGAUUAGCAUAUCAGCAAUGUUAGCAAGUAUUUUUACUUUAUUUGUAAGUUGUUUUUACCGAUACAAAUCACCUGUGUGCUUUUUAUACAUUAUGUUUUUACUUAGUCUUUAUUUCAAUUUAAGUCUUACGUUGGCAAUUGGUAGGCCAUUUUUUAUCAACAUAGGAAAUCAGUAUAAAUAUUCAUAUACAAUAAAACCGGCAACAUCCUGCUGCCUCCCUGCUGUUUUGUACCCAUCAAAGAAUAUUCCAGGUAUUUUGAAAUAUCUUGAGAAGACUAAAUGUAAUACUAAUUUGCCUUUGGAUUUUGCAUUGCCAAAUUAUGCAGAACAAUCUGGAAUGAAAGAAUACCUUGCCUCACCAAAUCUAUUUACACAUGUUGGAAUGUAUUCAGCUCUCAAUCAUCGUAUCAAUUCAAGAACAGCCUGGGCAUACUUAAAAGAAGUUUGAUACAGUAAUGAUAAUGCUGGGGCGGAUGCAGGAUGUGGCAGUAGGGGUGCAUGAGGGUCCACACCAUGGUUGGGGCAAGGCAAUUCAACAAAAGAACGCACAUCUCAGGACAUGAGAGGUUAAGUCUGGCAUCAACAUUCUAGGCACUGCCUGUUCCUACAAGCUGAAUGUCACAAAAACCAUAGCAACCAGACUAUAUUUAACCAUCAGCGUGUGACGAAUUACCCAUGCGUGUGUUAGUUAGAAGGCCUUUGAUAAAGUGCUGCAUGUAAGAUUGAUUAAUAAGGUUUUUGAUUAUGGUAUUGUUGGUAAUUUGGGUCUUUGGUUAUCGCAUUGGUUACGAGUCGUACUUAAUGGUAGGAAAUCACCCUGGGCAUCAGUUACCAGUGGUGUACCCCAGGGCUCAGUUUUGGGUUCUGUGCUCUUCCUUAUAUUUGUUAAUGACAUUGAUACCGUUUUUGAUUCACUUUUUUUUAAAUUUGCAGAUGACACUAAAUUUUUUCGAACUGUCUUGACUGAAAAUGAUGCAAGGAAAUUGCAAGCUGACUUACAUAAUUUGUCUACUUGGUGUCAGGACUGGUUGAUGCUUUUUAAUGUAUUCAAGUGCAAAGUAAUGCACUUAGGUCAUAAUAAUCCUAAUUUUAAUUAUGAGUUAGAAGACAUUGUUCUUGAAGUUGAGGAGGUGUUAUUAUUGAUAAAUCUUUGAAACCCAGCAAACAGUGUGUUGCUUCUGUCAAAACUGCAGAUUGGGUACUCAGCAGUAUAAAAAGGUCCUUUGAAUAUAAAUCAGUUGCAAACAUUAGGUGUCUGUAUAUCGGAUUAGUUCGUCCACACAAUUGGUCACCGCAAUUAAGGAAAGAUAUAAAUUUAUUAGAAAAGGUCCAAAGACGGGCCACUAAAAUUCCUAAAUGUAUGAAAUAUGUAAAUUAUGAAAAACGUCUCAUAGGCUUUAAUUUAACUACUUUAGAAAUAAGACAAAUCAGGGGGGACUUAAUUGAGACAUAUAAAAUAUUAAAUGGAAAAGAGGAUAUUGAUAGGGAUCUGUUUUUCGAUUUGGCAAUUGAUUCCGUCACUAGAGGUCAUGGUUGGAAGUUAAAAAAGCCUUAUGCUCGACUAAAUUGUAGGAAGCACUAUUUUUCCCAAAGGGUCGUAAACGAAUGGAAUGCUCUUCCUGCCCACUUAAAUAAUUUAGUGGCGUUACGGUGAGUUAGUUGCCAUGCUAAUCGUGUGUUAUGCAGUGAUUACAAAGGCCUAAUGAUAUUUUUCACUAACAUUAGACUGAAAUUAUACAGUAUUCAUUAUUUCAAAAUUAAUUUUACUGAUUUUGUGGUGUAUUGUCGAUCAUGAGACUCAU